AGGGCAAAAAAAAAAUCAAAUAAGAAAGAUGCAUGAACGAGACAUGGAGGAAAAUUCAGUCAAGUUAGCUCCUCUCUGCGGGGAGAUCGAAGAGUAGAAUGGCUGAAAAUGGAGGAGUCGCUUGCAAGUGUACGGAGCGAGGAAUCUAUGGUUUCAGAGGAGCGCGUUUCGAUAAGAGAUCACGAAUCCGAAAAAAUCUCCGAAACGUUUCGAUGAUUCCUCUCUUCAAACACAAUGGCCUCUUCAUUUGGCGAUCCAUCGCCGCCAACAACUGCAUUUUCAGCAUGGAUGCCCGGGAGAAAUCAAGAUCCACAACAUUGGAAACACCAGGACAUAAGAGGGUACCCAUCUUUGUGAUGAUGCCUGUUGACUCAUUUGGCAUCGACACUUCUGGGGCCCCCAGGAUUAGAAGAAUCAAGGCCUUAACCAUGUCACUAAAAGCACUCAAGUUGGCAGGUGUCCAUGGCAUUGCAGUUGAGGUUUGGUGGGGCAUUGUAGAGCGUUUUUCUCCUUUUGUAUAUAAUUGGUCUCUCUAUGAAGAGCUUUUCAAAUUGAUAUCUGAGUCAGGGUUGAAGUUGCAUGUUGCCUUAUCUUUCCACUCAAACAUGCACUCCUCGUCCAGAGUGAAAGGGGGUGUCAGUCUUCCUCUAUGGAUUGUAGAGAUUGGAGAUCUCAAUAAGGAUAUUUAUUAUCGAGACCAAAAUGGUUUUUCCAAUGAUGAUUAUCUUACACUAGGGGUGGAUGAACUUCCUUUGUUUUGUGGCCGGACUGCUCUCCAAUGUUAUGAAGACUUCAUGUUCAGUUUUAUUAAUAAAUUUGAAUCAUUUAUUGGAAGUGUGAUCGAAGAAAUAAGUGUUGGCCUUGGUCCUUCUGGGGAACUUAGGUAUCCAGCACAUCCUUUUGGUGAUGGUAGAUGGAGAUUUCCUGGGAUUGGUGAAUUCCAGUGUUAUGACAAGUACAUGAUGAGGGACCUGAAGAUUGCUGCAUGCCAGGAAGGAAAGCCUCAGUGGGGAGAUAAGGGGCCGCAGAAUGCUGGUUAUUACAACAGCCUUCCAUCUGGGGCCCCUUUCUUUGAAGAAGGACAGGAAAGCUUUCUUUCUGACUAUGGUCGUUUUUUUCUUGAAUGGUACAGUGGUAGGCUGAUCCGUCAUGCGGAUGCUAUUCUUACGAAGGCUGCAAAUAUGUUGAAGAAAUAUCAAGAAAGCAAGAAAAGUUCUGUUUUAUUAGUGGCCAAAAUUGGUGGAAUAUAUUGGUGGUACCAUACACUAUCACACCCUGCUGAACUUACUGCUGGUUACUACAAUACUGCUCUAAGGGAUGGUUAUGAUCCUGUGGCUUCAAUGUUGUCUCGUCAUGGAGCUGCUUUGCAUAUUUCCUGUUUAGAAAUGAUGGACAAUGAAACCCCGCCAACCUAUCUUUGCAGUCCAGAAAGAUUGCUCCAGCAGAUAUGGACUGUGUCGAAGAAAAGGAUAGUACAUUUGACAGGAAGAAAUACCAAUGAACGGUUUGAUAAGGCUGGAUUAUGGCAAAUACAUGCAAACUGUUAUCAUCCACAGGCAGAAGCAGUAAGAUCAUUUACUUAUUUCAGAAUGAAUGAGAAGAUUUUCAGGGCUGAAAAUUGGAAUAACUUUGUCCCAUUUGUGAGAAAGAUGAGCACAGACAUGUAAAAUAACUUUAAAGCCAUUUAAGCAUUUAACCACUUAACAUUGUGGUGUUACCAAAUUACCAAGAAUAAUCUCCCUGCAUUUUUCCUUAGAGGGUGAAUAUAAAAGCUUCUGUAACUUUCACCAUCAUGAAUAUAGCCAAUAAUUUUUUUUU